UUUACAGAAAUUCCUCCCAGUGGCGGCCGCGGCGUCAGGCCGUCCAAUCAGACACUACAAAUUUGGAGCCUUAAUUUGAAUAUAAAGAUGGCAAAUAGCCCUGCCCGCCCCGCAUCCGCGUUCGUCUAGGCGCUCUUGUCACCUCGCCAUGCCGGACCCAUCGCGGGCGGCUCCGGCUUCUAAAAAGGGCUCCAAGAAGGCCAUUACCAAGGCGCAGAAGAAGGACGGCAAGAAGCGCAAGCGCGGCCGCAAGGAGACCUAUUCUAUCUACGUAUACAAGGUGCUGAAGCAGGUGCACCCCGACACCGGCAUCUCGUCCAAGGCCAUGGGCAUCAUGAACUCCUUCGUCAAUGACAUCUUCGAGCGCAUCGCCAGCGAGGCCUCCCGCCUGGCGCACUACAACAAGCGCUCCACCAUCACGUCCCGCGAAGUGCAGACGGCCGUGCGCCUGCUGCUGCCUGGCGAGCUGGCCAAGCACGCCGUGUCCGAGGGCACUAAGGCUGUCACCAAGUACACCAGCUCCAAGUGAGGCGCGUCCCGGCGCCCCGAACCCAAAGGCUCUUUUCAGAGCCACCUCCAAGCUCCAAAAGGAGCGUGCCACCUGGUCUGGUUGUGACCUGUGAUUCAAUUGGAGUAAUGAGGGAAAGUAGACUGAGCCGUGGGGGCGCAAGUCUUAGAGAUAAAAUUAGGCUUCUUGUUUGUAACGGCAUAUUUCCCUUAGAAAGGCUGCGUCCGUCUUGUGUUGGCCACAGGCAAAGUCAGAGAGGGGGCAGUACAGGCGAUUGCGCCACGGAUCCCAUCCAAAGAUCUGUGUGUGGCGUACGCCCUGCGCGCGAGGAGCGUGGGUCACCUCCAGGAAGAUCUUGUGCCACGUCCCCGCCCCCAGUGCCUCCUGGCGGCUGAGACUGGAGGACGUGCUCACUGAGGUCCGGGGUGGGAGGUGAGGGGGUUAUCGCGCCGUCUGGGCGGAGGCGCUUGGGUCCGUCCUUCUCCCGCCCCUUUCCUCCCUCCUUAGCCACAACUAGACACUGUGAGCUUCUAGCCAAAACCAUUUCAGCAGCGUUGCGCCUAAGCAGCUCUUUAUGCCACGCCUUCCUGCUUGAAACAUCAAAACAGCAGGCUCACAG